AUGGGCGAGGAGUUUCAGAAAGCGGACGAGUACCUACAAAAGCACCGCAUCCUCGAACUCUUCAGUGACUUGUGCGCCUCCGUCUGCUUCCAUAAGCCUGGAGACGUGCGCGGCUUCCUUCUGCAGGAACUUCAGCUGCGUGAGCGCGAGGGUGCGUCAGCAGGUAACUUUGAGGAUGCCGAGAUCAAAGCUGUCUUCAACCUUGCAGAUCUCAUGCAGAUGGGUGUGAUCAGUGAGGUCCAAGCAAGAAAAGCGCUGUUGUCCCUGGCAAAUUCCCAGAAACAGAAGGAAGAUGUCGAGGCGGUGGGACAGUUUCACAAUAAGAUAGGAUGCAUGCCUUCCGAUCCUGCCAGCGACUCCAAGAUGUGUACAUAA